GGCGCGCGCCCGCCGUCACGUGACGCCGUGGCGGGCUCCUCGAAGCGGCAGCGGAACCCGCGAGCGGGCCGGGGGUGGCGGUGCCGGUGCCGGGGCUGGCCCCGCCGCUGGUGAGGCUGCUCUGAAUCCUUGGUUCGAUGGCGAUGCAGAUGCAGCUGGAAGCAAGUGCAGACACCUCAGCAGAAGAUGAGAGCUUUGGGCCACAGCUCAUAUCCAGGUUAGAGCAAUGUGGGAUAAAUGCAAAUGAUGUGAAGAAGUUAGAAGAGGCUGGAUUUCACACAGUUGAGGCUGUUGCCUACGCACCAAAGAAGGAGCUACUGAACAUCAAAGGCAUCAGUGAAGCCAAAGCUGACAAGAUCUUGGCUGAGGCAGCUAAACUGGUUCCAAUGGGUUUCACCACGGCAACAGAGUUCCACCAGCGAAGGUCAGAGAUCAUCCAGAUCACCACUGGGUCCAAGGAACUCGAUAAGCUCCUUCAGGGAGGGGUAGAAACAGGAUCCAUAACAGAGCUGUUUGGGGAGUUCCGCACUGGGAAAACACAGCUGUGCCAUACCCUGGCAGUCACCUGUCAGCUUCCCAUCGACCGAGGUGGUGGCGAAGGCAAAGCCAUGUACAUCGACACCGAGGGCACCUUCCGCCCAGAGCGGCUGCUGGCUGUGGCUGAGAGGUAUGGCUUGUCUGGCAGCGACGUCCUGGACAACGUGGCCUACGCCCGAGGUUUUAACACAGACCACCAGACCCAGCUGCUCUACCAGGCCUCUGCUAUGAUGGCUGAGUCACGGUACGCGCUGCUGAUCGUGGACAGUGCCACGGCGCUGUACCGCACGGACUACUCGGGCAGGGGGGAGCUGUCGGCCCGGCAGAUGCACCUGGCCAGGUUUCUGCGCAUGCUCCUUCGCCUGGCAGAUGAGUUUGGCGUGGCAGUGGUGAUCACCAACCAAGUGGUAGCUCAGGUCGAUGGAGCAGCCAUGUUUGCUGCAGACCCUAAGAAACCCAUUGGAGGAAAUAUCAUAGCCCACGCUUCCACUACCAGGCUGUACCUGCGGAAGGGCCGAGGCGAGACCAGGAUCUGUAAGAUCUACGACUCUCCUUGCCUGCCCGAGGCCGAGGCCAUGUUUGCCAUCAACGCUGACGGAGUGGGAGAUGCUAAAGACUGAAGACUCCACUGCAUCUCCUGCCUAACCCAAGACUAGGUGCCCAUAAAAGGCUCCUUUCUUCAUAGCACCUUAAGGGUGCUUUCCCAAGGUGGCUGCUGUUGAGACGCUGGCAGAGGAAUCUGUUGGGUUUCAUGGAAGACCCUCAGGUGAAGACACCUUGGCACCCACCUGGAGGUGUUGCUUGGAGAUCUUCCCUUGGGCUCCUGUCACCUGUUAGAUUAACGUGGCUCCUCGAGGACAGUUGAGAGGACCACGACCUGCCUGUUUUCCUCACAGCUCUUGUUCCAGCUGGGUUCUACCAGUGGGCAUAGCUCAAUAAGGCCCAAGGGUGUGUGGCUGUGGUUCAUCACCUGGGGAGUUGGGAGGGGCAUGGGUGGGGUUGCCCAAUAAAAGUGAUGACUGAAUGAUUCUUGGGUUGCUUUAAUGAUCAAACAAACCAGGUUGGUAUUCCACAGAGAACUGGGCAUGGUGCCCACAACCCCUGCUCCUGACCUUCAUUUGCCUUUGGAGUCUACAAUGUGCUGCACUUGAGGGACUUCAUUUACAGUUCAGUGCUGCCUCUUCUGCCUUUUUUUUUUUAAUUGAUUUUUCUUUGACUUCAUUUCAUUAAUUCUCUGUGACAAAUCUGCUUUCAAUAAAAAGGACCAUGAAAAUA